AGGAAAAGUAAGAAGGAUCAAACGCGGCCCAAGCAGGCAGAUAUCGCCAUGAUAGACCCUUGCCAUGAGGUGGCUCGUUGCGGUGUAUCCUCCAUCCAUACAUUUAUAAGGCCCUCUCAACCCAGCUCUUCCCUCAAGCCAUUAAAUAUCCUACGAACUGAAAGCGCUCGUUAGCCCUGCUAUCGCUACUCUUCCCAUUUUAGACACCAUAUCCUCCGCUUUGAACAGCUUCACUCGUCGAACAUAGACUAUCAAAAUGCAUUUCUUGAACAUUGUUGUCUCGAUGAUGGCGUUCGCCAUUACAGCACUGGCCAUUACAAUCACCCAGCCUAAGAAUGGUGACCAGGUGGACUUUAGCAAGCCCUACACCAUCAAGUGGACGACCGUGGCUUCUGACCCUACGGACUUCGACCUCAUACUGGUCAACAUGAACAGCCAGCCCACCGUCAGCAAGAAGAUCGCCAAUGUCAAGACAUCGGAUAGCAAAUACACCGUUGACAAGGUCAUCGGUAUUCCAGUUGCUGAGGGCUACCAGCUCAACGCCGAAUCCAACACCACCCAUAACACCGGCAUCCUGAGCCAGUCGCAGCAGUUCAAUGUGACCAAGGUUGGCAAGGCUGAAACAAGUAAGGAAAAUUCUAUUUUAUCAUCAUCACCACCGUCACCAUCACAACCAUCAUCAUCUUCACCGUCAUCAUCACCAUCACCAUGUAUCCGCCCACAUACCAGCACCAUCAUCACAAAAACCACUUCCCGCCCCUGCAUCAAUCACCAGACUACUUCACCAUCUAGCACCGCUCCCUCCGCCUCCACAACACCGGCUUCAGCCACCACUAGCGCCACCCAGACAGCUGCUGCGUCUACCUCCUCGUCUGCCGGAUCUGCCGCGUACACGGGCACGCUUCCUGGCUCCGCCGCCGUGAUCGGUGCACUCGCAAUGGGCGUAAUUGCCGAGAUUCUGUAAGUGAAAGAAACAGGCACAUCGAAGUCGCACAAGCCGGUCAGCGAAGCGAUCGAUAAACCUGAAAUCGAACCGACCCGCACGAC